AUGAAUCAACAUUCACGUUCAACAAGAUCAUCAUCCACUCCAACCCAUAGCAAUACCACCACAAGACAACCACAACAACAACAGCAACAACAAUCAAUUUUGCCACAAUAUAAAGAUGUAAUAGACAAGGUCAAUGAGCCACUCUCACUCAUCUACUUUGAAUCGUCAUCAGACGCAAAGGCUGCUAAAAGAACAUUAAAUUGGGGACUUUACUUUUACGAGCAUGGUGAAUAUAUUAAAUCGAGAGAGGCUCUAAUUAAAUGUGGAGAAGUUAUUUCGAAAAUCAAUUCUAAACUUUCUACCAUUAAUAAUAAUAAUGGCUCGACAAUUUCAUUAUCAUCAACAACAUCUCAGGGAAAUACAGAAUUAGUACAAGUUGGAAAGGAUUUACUUUAUCGAAUUAUUCUACUUGUGGAAUGUUUGGAUAAGAUUAUGAAAGCAAAACAUCAACAAUCCAUUGUAAAGAACCAAGCAACCAAUUCACCACCUAAAACAACAUCAAAACCAAAUUCAACACCAACAAACAGUUCUUCUUCUAGUAGUAGCAGCACUCAGGGAACACUUUCUAGAAUAUCGAGUGGCAUAUUUUCAACAAUCACGAGUAACUUUACAUCUAUCAAGAGUAAUCUUCAGAAGGAGGGUUCCUCUUUGAAUAAUACUAAUGGUAAUAAUGGUAGUAACUCGAAACUGAUUCAAUUAUUCAACAAUGUUGGAAAUGUACUGAAAAAACCAAAGGAAGAGGUUGCAAUACCCAAUCUAGCAGACUCUUAUGUACAGGAUCAAUAUGUGUUUGUGGAAUUUAUAGAUGAGAAGAAACCUAAUGAGCAACAACAACAUGUACACAGCAAUUUAACUAAUUCUCCGAACGAUGGAAACAUCCCUCCUCUACAACAGGUCAGCUCCUCUAGGGAUUCUCUCUCUAAAUUACAAAAACGUUUGCAAACUGUAAUGAAAGGCUCCUCAACAACAACGAAUACAUCUUUACAACAUCAACAACCACAACAGCAACAACAGGUAAAUUUGACAGGUAGUGGUUCCUCCUUGUCAGCUUCCUCUCUUCCAGGUCCAAUCAGAUUAUCCCUUGAUGCCUUGCAAACAUCAGCGUCUGCAACAUCACCAAAUGGAGAAGUGAAAAGAGGUCCACAAACAUCCAGACUCAAAUCUUUUAUUCAAUACAUGGAAGAGAGGAGUGGAACAUGGAGUCCUGAAACAAUUUCUGAGGAAGAGGUUAGGGAGAUGGUGAGAGUACUCAAUGAAAAUUUAAAGAUUUUGAGUACCUCAUCAAAUUACAAAACAAUGGGAAUUCUGGCACAAAUGUACGAUCAAAUACGUCCCUAUAAGAAGCAAGUUCUGAAAGAGCUCUCCAGUCAAUCAACCAAAGACAAGAGCAAGAAGAUUUUAAUGUUAAAGAAAAUUAUUAGUAUUGCAUUUUCAACCAAAAUGGUAAAUCACUAUAUUUCAAAAGAGGAAAAUUAUACAACACUUCAGGAAAAUUUCCUUCAAUAUUUCGAGUUGGAUCUCUUUACAUUGCAUUUGCUGAAUAUUUAUGCAGCAGCUGAAAACUUUGAUCACACAAACUUUUGCCUUUCACAUCUAGUUGCUAACAUUGAGCUAUUUUCACAAGCAAUUAAUGAUGUUAAUCAAUACCAAGUUGAGAAGAGACAAAUUUACAAACAAGUGGAUGAAUUAAUUUUUGGCCACCUCAGAAAUAGAAUAAUCGAGUUGAAGUGGUGUUUUGGAGUUGACACGUUUGCAUACGUGACUAAUGAUUUCGACAGUGACGCUCUCGAGUCACUAGAAUUACUACUCAAGUGUCUUGAUGGUUGGCUUAAAAUCAAAACACAAAUGGGUGACUAUAGUGUAAAUAAUAGACCAACAAUAGCAGCCAUUUUAACAGAAUGUUUGGCUCAUUUUGUAAGAAAAUUGUACAUUCUCAACAGAGAAAUGAUAUCAAAUAAUUUGAAACAAUCUCCUCAUUUGAGAGGUUUCUUUUUGGAAGCAUCUUUUGACAUGAAUCUCUCAACAUUUGUUGUAGAUGAGACGAAACAAUUGUGUUCUAGGUUUGCUUCCUACUUUGACAAGUAUUUUGAAAAUACUGCUCAAUUUAAAGAUAUUGUAGCAGUCGAGUUUUCUAAACAUUUAUCAGUGGAAGUUAAGGCAUUCUGUCAGGAAGCUCUCAAAUAUCAACAGGCAUGUAUGGAACAAGCAAAGAAAAAUAAGUUUUUGAGAGUUUACUUUAACGACUUGAAUUUGGGUGUUCUGAAUAAGUUGGUGUCCCACUUUGUGACCAAGUACAGAAUUCUUCAAGAACUGUCGCCAUGUGUAAAAGAUUUUGAAAUUGAAUCUUUCUAUGAAAUUGUGAGUAUGUGCAUUACAGUUGCUACUCCAAACAGACUGAAAGAUUUUUACUCAAAGGUCAUGAGUAUGGACACACUAGAUAAACCAAUCGACAAGACAGUCCUUUAUACAUUCUCCUGUAUAGAUAUGGCUAAUGCAAGUCUCAAACCAAUUCACAUGAUUUACAAUUUGGACACUCUUAUUAGAAAUGGAAAUGACAAGUAUUUGAGUUUUUUAACUCUGCAUUUUGAAGCUAUUAGACCAACCAUUUCCGAAUAUUUACAAUUAAUGCUCAAUAGAUGUAAAUAUGAAUUAUCCAAAGUGCAGGGAAAUGUCCAUGACAGAAUACGUUUAGCAUGUAUUGCCUUCAACAAUGUCAAUGGACUUUUCAUGUAUGCCAAAGAUAUCCUGCAACAAUUUAACAGUUCAGUAUGUGAUCAACUGUUGGAAGACUAUGACAGAAAGGUUAAUCCAGAGGAAGAAUCUGAUCAGUUCAACAUUAAUAUACUCCAAGAAAAGUUGAUUCAAGUUUAUGAUUUUCCAAGCGUAAAAUCCAUCACAAAUGAGAUAAGAAUGGUCACUACAGAUAUGGCCUUCUUUAUUGCUGACUGGUUGUAUAAUAUGAAUGAACAGAGAUUUGAGGCAAUUUUUAACAUUGCAUCCAAUGGUUCACCUCAAGAAAAAUUGUUCAUUUUCCUGUCCUCUUUGGAUAGGUUUUUUAUGCAUUUGUCAGACAAUCUCUACUUGGAAUUGUUACACGAGGUUCUACGACACUUAUAUGUAAUCUAUGUACAAAAAUUAGUAAGAAACAAACUCUUAGGAUACAAGCAAAAGAGUCCACUGAACGCCUCUGAAUUACUUUCUCCUAUUACUGGUAUGGAUGGUGCAACACCAUUCUCUCCAAAUACAUCACCAGUUCCAUCACAUUUUCCUACCUUUGAAUCAUCCCAGAAAGUAACUGUUCAAUUAUGUUUGGAUGGACUCAAGGAUUUAUUCAAUGCUUCAGGAGAAGGUUUGGAUUCAAAAUUCCUCGAUCAACAAUCACGAGAAUUGGACAUUUUAAUAUUGAUCUAUAAUGACGAAACAGAUAUUUUGAUUAAUUUAUAUGAGAAUCUUAUUGGAGAAAGAGUUGAUGAUAAGUAUUUAACAAGUCUCUAUCAACGAUUGGCACCUCAAUCACCAAAUUUGAACAUGCCAUCGUCUGUCUCAAUGCCAUCAUUGGAUGAUAGUGAUUCUAUUUCCAUAGCAAGUAGCAGCAGCUCUACAGAUUCAUUCAUCCUGCUUUCACUCCAAGAGGCCAUCAGUAGUAAGAGAAAGAAUUCUGAUUUCCUUUCUCCAGAACUUAUUCUCCUCCUACUCAAUCAGAGGAAGAAAGAUAGAACAGCUAGAUCAUAUGCAAGAAGGAGACUGAAAGAAUUGAAAGAAAAAUAA